UGGCAUUGGAGGCAGUAACAUAUCUUCCCGCGUUAAAUUGCUUAAUGAAUAUAAAACGCCACUUAAUAGGGCAUUAAACAUGGGGCUUUAAUCGGACAUAUUAAUUCUCCUAUAAAAGGUUGUUAAUAUUCGUACCCCUUGCAUUUAUCGACUUACAAGUUAUCGCACAUAAAUCAUGCUCUUCAAGUGGCUAUAUCUGUGCCUGAUCUUAAGUCUUUUUCCGACUUACAUUGACUGCCGUCAAGCUCGUUGUCUAAUGAAUCGAAACAAUGGAGUGGGGCCUAUCCUUAGGACUCGUUUCUAUUUCGACAGGAAUGGAAAAACUUGCAGACAAUAUACAUACCGGGCCAGGAGAUAUAAUGAAAAUAUUAUGAGUGGAAAUACGUUUGCAACAAGAUUUCAAUGCAGAAAAGCUUGUAGAGUUUAAAUAAUAAUAAAAUUAUCCUUUUUAAAGGGUAUUCCGUGUAUUUUCGUUUUCUGACCGUUUCCACAGAUGCAAUAAUUGUGGUUAUUAUAUUUGUUCAACCAUAAAAAUAAGCAAGCCUUUUCGAAAAGUGUUUAUGAACUUGACUUUAGUAAAGAUAAUAUGAUUAAAAAUAGCCAGCUAUGGAAAUAAAACCAAUAUACAUAUUUGUUUUACACCACCUGAUUUAAUAAAUUCAGUGGUAUAAAAGCCCUGUAACGAAAUUUUUAAAAGUUAAUUUCGAUUGUUCCAUCAUGAAAAUUUUAUAUUGUCUUAUUGUGUUGGUGAUUGGCGUGCAUUAUAGUGAGCAGACUCAAGUGAGAUGUCUUCAGCCUUUGGAACGGGGCAAUGGAAAAGCCUACAUCCCGAGAUGGUUCUACAAUUCCACGUCGCAAAAGUGCCAGAGAUUCAUAUUCUUGGGCGGAGUACAAAAUAGUAACAAUUUUGAGACUAAGGCUCAGUGCCAAAAAGUUUGCAAAGCAUAGAAUGGAAGGAUUUAAAGUCUUCAAAAAAUUGAAGAUCUAUCAUGAAAAUAAAGUAAACUACUCAAAUGUACUCUAAAAAUAAUAUCUGGGAAAUAAUAGUUAAAAUGUCAUCUCAAAAGUAGAUAGUCAUUCUUAUAAUAACAAGACCAACAAAAUUAGUUAAGAUUUGAAUCUUAUUUAUAAUGUAGAAAAUAAUAAAUGAGACUUAAAUAAGCGGAGGCCCGUCAA